UACAAGCCACUAUAAAGAUAAUAAUGGACUUCAAUAACAAAGUUGUUGUAAUUACCGGUGCCAGCUCUGGCAUCGGCGCCGAGUGUGCCCUGCUGUUCGCGAAGGCAUCCGCCAAGCUCGCGCUGGUCGGAAGAAACGUUGACAACCUGAUGAAAGUCGCGAACUCGUGUAAAGAUUUCACAUCGGAACCUUUGGUCAUUGCCGCGGAUCUAUGUGUGCAGGACGACGUUAAGCAGAUUGUCAACAAAACUCUCGCCCAUUUCGGAAGGCUCGAUGUGCUAGUGAACAACGCGGGGAUCAUGGUUCUGAGAAGUAUCGAAGCCGGCAUCGACGCAUUCGAGGAAGUCGUACGAACAAACCUGUGGGGGCUUUUUCUUUUGACGGACCUGGCCAUGCCGCAUUUGAUCCAAGCCAAAGGAAACGUCGUUAACAUAUCCAGCAUGCUGUCUUCCAUGCCUGUGUCCAUGAUGACGGCUUAUUGCAUGUCUAAAGCGGCGGUGGAUAUGUUCACCAAAUGCGCCGCCGUUGAGUUUGGGCCCAAAGGUGUUCGAGUCAACGCUGUGAAUCCCGGGCCAGUGAAGACGGCAUUAAUGAAAAAUGCGGGACUUAAUGAAGAAGCUAACGACUUAUUUUAUUCCACACUGGAGUCGGCGAGUCCUUUAGGAAAAGUAGCAUGCGGCAAAGAUGUAGCCGAGGUCGUGUUGUUUUUGGCGAGUGAUAAAGCGUCCUGUGUCACUGGAAGUUGCUAUCAAAUCGAUUGCGGAGCAAGUAUUAGGGAACUAAGUAUGCUUUAAUUUUUUUUUAUGUGACAGCAGGCCAACGAGCAGAAGGAUCACCUGAUGGUAAGUGAUUACCGUCGCCCAUAGACACCCGUAGUCCCAGGGGCGUUACAGGUGCGUUGCCGGCCUUUAAGAUGAAGAUACGCUCUCUUUUUGAAAGCUUGCAGGUCGUAUCGGUCCGGAAACACCGCAGAACGCAGACGACAGUCCAUUCCACAGUUUGGUUGUACGGGGCAGGUAGUUUCUAGAGAAACGUACGUACUGUUGUGGACUGCCAACCAUCUAAGUGAUGGGGGUGGAAGUGCUGUCGGGUAGAUCGGUGGCGAAAAGUG